GCCCUCGAUACGAUAGGCUCAAUCGUCUCAUCAUCCUUGAUGGUGACGGGGCACGUACUCGUGGCCGCUUUGGCGGGCAGCGUGGUGUCUGCACAGCGACUGCACCCCACCAGCCAGCGCGUCAAGGAGCUCGCAGCGCAGGAGGACGAAGAACCAGAGCGUUUUCUUACCACGAAGAGGGAGUCCGCCAAGUCGAAGCAAAAGCAGAAGACGUCAGAUGACCUUAUCCAUAACUUGCCUGGACUGGACCCGGCGGCCAACGUAAUACAACACGCUGGGCGCAUCGCGCUACACGACAGCGACAAGAACAAAAUCUUCUAUUGGCACUUCCAGGCAGCUCAAAACCCGGACAGGGUGCCGCUCGUGAUCUGGUUAAAUGGCGGUCCCGGAUGCUCCAGUAUGCAGGGGUUGUUCCUGGGCAAUUCGCCGUUCAAGUUAAUGAACGAGUCGACCAUUGGCAAGAACGAGCACAGUUGGCACGAGUUCGCCAACCUGCUCUUUGUGGAUCAGCCAGUGGGCACAGGCAUGUCGUAUACAAAGGGAAAUGACUAUCGACCGGAUGAGGAGACAGUGGCCAAGGACUUUUACGAGUUUUUGACAAAAUUCCUGCAACGUCACCCCGAAUAUUUGUCGGAUGGAGAUGAUGGAGUGAAGAUUUCAAGGGCUGUGUACAUGUUUGGCGAAUCGCAUGCUGGUCGCUGGAUUCCUGAGUUUUCGGAUCACAUUUUCAAGCAGAACGAUGAUCCGAAUAACCAGAUUAAGAUCAAUCUGGACGGUGUUGGCAUUGGUAAUGGAUGGGUGCAUCCCAGAAUUCAGUACGAGUAUAGUGACUACGCUCACGGACUUGGCCUGUUGACUUUCGGUCAGGUGAGAUCGCUGAAGGCUUCGUACGCUGAGUGUUUGGCUGCUCUGGAUGCUGGAACGUAUUAUUCGAGAAGCUGCCUGGAUAAUAUGGACUCCAUUACGGGUAGUGUCAAGCCGGGCAAUGGAGGGAACAGUCUGAAUUUCUACGAUGUACGUCAAUAUCUACGCAAUGUCGGAGCGUACCCUUCUGGACAAGAGAACAUUGUCAAGUACAUGAAUAAGAUGGAAGUGCGGAAGGCAGUGCACGGCAAUGAGGACAAAAACUUCCGCUUCGACCUCUGCAGCAAUGGUGUAUUCCGGGCAUUAUCGAAGUUCGACGGUGUGAGCACACUUGAUAAGGUGGACUCUCUUCUUCAGAGAGGUCUGCGGAUGCUUUUCUACAAUGGGCAAUGGGAUAUGAUGUGCAACCAUUAUGGAACGGAGAAAUUACUGCUCAAUCUAAACUGGAAUGGUUCAGAUGCUUAUCAGCAGGCUAAGAAGUAUACGUGGCGAGUACAAGGUCGGAAGGAGCCUGCAGGUUUUGCCCAACAGGGUGACCGCAUCGACAAGAACAAGACAGCCGACUUCUUCGUCAUGAAAAAGACGCUCAAGUCCUUUUGUAAACCCGAUGCAGGGCGACUCGCGUGGGACGAAUGCAUCCAAGAAGUCAACCACACCAUCGCCGAGGCGUACCUGCUGGCUAACUACAACGCACUAAGUCAGCUCAAGGCUGGGCGACCUCUGUGUAAGAUCGAUACCCCGUUCUAUCAGCUGUGUCUGAGUCUAGCUACAAGCGUUCCACGUCGAGCGAACUACGAGAAGUUCUUGGUGACGCAAGCGACCAAGGAUAGGCGAAAGCUCUGGAUCGACAGCGGCAAGGUCGGUAAGCUAAAAGACUUCCCCGCGACUGUGCCGGAGUUUUCCGAAACGGGAUACCAGGAAUGGUUGAAGACACAGAAGGUCAAGAAUGCGGAUCUGGAGAACGCAAACGAUGAGUUUGGGAAGAUGCGAGGAGAUCGGGCUCAGGCGAAGACGGAGCACUUGAACCAGGGUUGGUUUCAAGCGGCAGCAAAGCAAAUGGCUACGAAUGCUAAGAACAGUGUCGUGCCGAACUUUGCCAAACGACUGCGAACGUACGUCAUCGAGCAUUAUGGACCGAAGCGUGCUGCAGCGCAUGAGGUUCUCAACAAGACGUUUGCUACCGAGGAGUUCAAUUCUACGUACGUUCGCGUGGUAGAACCCGUCAUUACAGAGCUGCGCAAGAAGAUCCCGCGGACGAAAGAUGGUAAAAUCAACUGGGUACCUCACGACUUGCUGCCGAUGUUCUACAAGUUCCUGCAGUUCGUCGUGGGGUACAACGAGGAAAAGAUGGGCAAACCGGACUUCGUGGAGAAGCGGACGCUCUCUCUGCUUUCGACCAAGCGCGGGUUCGAGGCCAGCUACUGCAAGGUUGACUCGACUGGGCUGAAGUCGCUGCUCAAGCGCAGUCCGGGCGUUAGCCGUGGUCUCUGGGUUGUUCAUGACGGACAGAUGUGGACAUUGGAAGACAGCUUAAAAACUAGCGCACCUUGGAUCGCGAUAUCCGGUCAGUGGUGGCGUCGACUCUUCCGUGUGGACGAGUUGGAAAAGCCUGGAGCCCGCAGCCUCCAACGCGAGAACACGACUGACGGAUACGGCGUAAACUGUGGGGAUCGACCCUGGGCGAACGGAUUUCAUCACGGAGGUAACGAAGAUGGUAAGGUGGUUCGGUUUCGGACGUCCGACUUCUAUCAAGCAAGCGGAUACUCUCGUUCAAACCGCAAGUCCAAUCACUACAUCGACAAGUCACCUCGCGUCCGCGAACUGCUCCAGAACACUCCAACGAAAAAGAUUUCAUCGGUCGAAACGUUUUGCAACUCCAUCGAGUUUUGGUUUCAGCACGAUCACGAGCUGCUUUCUUUCUUCAUGGACCCGUUCUUCCGUAAGCUGAAGCUCCGCAGAUACACUCUCCGCACUGCGCAACUAGACUGCGCUUGCUUCGAGCUAGCGGGCGCCCGAAGAACAAAGGCGGUCGUAGGCUUCGGGGACUGCGGGAUGACUGGCGAGGGCUUGAUCAAAUGCAGCGUUGCCGGUCCGGUGAAAGCAUUUGCGUGCAAGCUCGCCCGCUACUGCGAGCUUGUGGUGGUGGACGAAUUGCGGACAAGCAAAAAGCACUUCGACUGUCAAACAACGGACGACCUUAAGAAUCAACGCGUCAUGCGCAAGUGCCGAGACGGCGUUGUCCGCAAGGUUCCCGGUUACAAAGUUCUGCACUGCUUGCGCAAGCACGGCGGAUGUGGUAUGUCAGUCGACCGAGACGUGAACGCGGCCAAGAACAUCCUCAGCAUACUGCAGAACCAGCUUGCAGGCAUCUCCGAACGGCCUCUCCGCCUCCGGCGGUAG